AUGGACGGAUCCGGCGGUGCCCCGAAGCCGAGCAGCAGCGUCAAGCUGGUCCUGCUCGGUGAAGCUGCAGUGGGAAAGUCGUCGCUUGUUCUGCGCUUCGUCAACAACGAUUUCCAAGAAAACAAGGAGCCAACUAUCGGAGCCGCCUUCCUGACACAAAAGUGCAACCUGCCGACCCGAACGAUCAAGUUCGAGAUCUGGGAUACCGCCGGCCAGGAGCGCUUCGCCUCUCUGGCGCCCAUGUACUACCGCAACGCCCAAGCCGCCCUCGUCGUCUACGACCUCACGAAGCCGACGUCACUGAUCAAGGCCAAGCACUGGGUGGCGGAACUCCAACGACAAGCCUCGCCUGGCAUAGUCAUUGCCCUCGUCGGCAACAAGCUCGAUUUGACAAACAACGCCGAAUCCGGCUCCGCCGGCGACAAUGAGGAGGCCGAUGCGGAGGACUCGGGCGACGCUAGGAAGGUCUCGACAGAUGAGGCCAAGACGUACGCCGAGGAGGAGAGCCUGCUCUUCUUCGAGACAAGUGCCAAGACGGGUCACAACGUCACCGAGGUCUUCACGGCGAUCGCCAACGCCAUCCCGGAGACGUCUCUGAAGAGCGCACGGGGUCCGGGCGCAUCGCACGCCGUGAGCCGGGGCGGAGAGGACCAGCAGCGGGUCAGCCUGACGGGCUCUAGGGACGCCGGGGCGAAGGAGGGAUGCGCUUGCUGA